GUGUGGUGAAGGGAGACACGGGAUGUCAGGUGUUUGGUCAUGGCGGCGGGCGGCGGUGUGGGCGUGCGGGGCUGCCUUCCUCCUCCUGCUGGCCGCCUACCUCCACAACACGGCGCCCGACACACCCACACAACCGGCGCCACCUCACCACCUCCCACUCACUCUACACUCCAACAACAACACCAUUAAUGAGGAGCGUGUGCCAUGGUGGGACGGUGGCGGGUGCAGGUGUGAGGGGCGGGUGUGUGCCCACCAGGAGCCCCCGUCCCAGGGGUCCGUCGGGGUGGUGGGCGGCACGUGUGGGCGGCGAGCGUGGGCGGCAGGAGACGGGCAGAGGGUGGUGUCCUUCUCCCUGUACGGUGACAACCCGGAGUACUGGCUGGGCCUCAACGACACCCUGCAGCGGGUUGGGGAGAUGUACCGUGGGUGGGUGGUGCGCCUGUACACCACCCCACACGCCCAUGCCGCCCACCUCUGCCCACUCCUCACUCGCUACGCCCACUUCUACGUUUGUGACGUCACCAACCUGCCACCUCCUCUGGGCAACAUAUCCGGUGUUCACCCCAUGAUGUGGCGGGUGGCCCCCCUGGGGGACCCUCAGCUGGCGGCCCUCAUGGUCCGGGACACUGACUCUCAGGUGAGUGAGAGAGAGCGGGCGGCAGUAGAGGCAUGGCUGGCCACAGGAAAACACUUCCACGUGAUGAGGGACCAUCCCAGCCACGACGCGCAGAUCCUGGGUGGCAUGUGGGGGGCUCGCUGGGACCUGGGCAGCGACCCCCGCCCUCACACCGCCCACGCCCUCGCCGCCCUCAGGGACACCAUGCUCAGGGAGGCGCGCGGCCAGACACAGCGCGGCCAAGAUCAGAAAAUAUUGGGGAAAUGGUUGUGGCCAGUGAUGGUGGGUCGGAUGGUGGCUCAUGACAGCUACAACUGCCUGCAGUUCCCAGGUACUAUACCAUGGCCCACACAGCGGGUCCACGGCUACUUCGUGGGGUCCCCCAG